CAAAUGGUUCUCAAUUUCUUCAAUCAUCGUACGGACGUAGGGUUGGCCAGCCGUGCGCUUUUCGACACCAUGGUGGUCCUUUUAUGAUUACACUAUUCCAGUGACAGUUUACAACUCCAGCGAAAUUUGUGCCUUCCAAAGAGUGUAUUGAUCCAGUUUAACACUUUAACCGAUCCACAACGUGGAAUGGGACCCCAUUUUGAUGUUAGAUCUAUCCCUUUUAGGAUUUGCUGUGCUGGCACCUACCAGAUUCUAAGCCAUGGCAACUCCAGAAUUAUGCAAGGAUUGCAGAGGAGUAGCAAAUCUGGAAAAUGGCUCAAAAAAGAAGAAGAAAAAGAAAUGGUGUGACCAAUCCAUGGCAUCAAGCUUCGUGACUCAACUAGAACUAGUUUGCUCAAUUUGCACUCCAGUGUCCAGUGGUGCUCUUUUGGUGCCAUCACACAUGUUGAAAAGGACUUCUAGUUACAUUACCGAGAGCAGAAAGGUGGGACCCAUGUAUGGAAAUGACCAUCUUGCCCCUGCCUCUCUACCAUCCAGGAUCCAAGUGUUUCCCCUCUCUCCCAAGCGCGACCUUCUGCGCUGCUACCCUAGUUGCGCCCGCCCUCGGUCCAGGCCGGUCGCCGGCAUCUGCGCCCUCUGCGUGGUCCUGCUCUCCUACCGGAUUCCGCGCCCCUCAACCGGAUCGGCGUGCGGUCCCGGCGUCCAGGCUGCCGCGCGAGCAGGGCGCCCCUGCGGGCGCAGGCCGCCUGCAGCCGCUGCGUGCGCAUGCUGCCCCCGUGGACGCAGGCCGCAGCCGGCGCGUGCGCACGUGCCCCGCGGGCCCAGGCCGCCGCCGCGUGCACAAGGAGUCGCAUCUUCCUCCUAGUCUCCAACCGCCCCUGUUUCACCCUUCUUCUGCGCGCGUCUGGGCUAGAGGCAGAGAGGAGCAGGUGAAACAGAUGGUCAUUGCUACCUUGAUGGAGUCACAGCUGGAGCUGAGUGACGAUCUUGUGGAAGUGAUACUAGACAAGACUUUCGAGGAAGCUGAUACUGAUAAGGACAACAGGAUUAGUAGAGUGGAGUGGAAAGCUUAUGUGUUGUGGCACCCUUCGGCUAUAAAGAAGAUGACACUGCCGCACCUGAAGGACACCACAGCGGCAUUCCCCAGCUUCGUUUUCAAUACACAAGUUGAAGACUAGGGCUCAUACACAGUUGAUUGUACGGUAUUGUUAUGGAGGCUAAGUCAGAACAGAAGAUGGAGAUGAGCAGUCGAUGAAGAAAAGGAAAUGGGAGCUCUGAAACGUGUGCUGUUCUCAGAUCAAAGAUUGGUGCAUAUGGGAUAGCACCAAAACCCGGUGUUCCUGCUGACCCUCGGGGGAGAGAGCCUGCAACCCGCCACCUGCCACCGCCAUCAGUCUUUCCUAACGCCCCCAACUCCCUUUCUAAAUCCGGCGGAUAUCACAUCACCCGGCAGCCCUAACCUUGGCGGUCAUCACCAUCGCGAGCUCGGAGGAGGAAGAACAGUGCGCGCGAGUCCAUCUGCAGCAGCGAGCCAGCGCGACCAGCGACGGAAUCUCCCUUCUGCGAUAUGUCGUCCUCCACCGGCACGGGUGAUAAAUAGACUCCGCUGCUGAGCUGUCCCCGUCUCCAGUCGACUACAAGCAAGCUGCUGCUGGAGGAGUCGGCCUCCGUGCUCGCGGUUUGAUAAGGGGCACGCGUAUCACUUUUUUUUUCAUUCCAUCGCUAUCGGCAUUGUUGUGAAAUGUGAAAAUCUGACAGCGACUGCUUCUAGAAUCUAGAGGCAUUUCAUUUAUUGGAUUGGGGGUACAUACCGUAGUUUUUUUUAUCUCAACUUGGCAGGCCCAAAUGGUUCAAGAUUCGGUAUUUUAUUAUUAUCAAGGCAAAUAGUAGUAGUAGUAGUAGUAGCAGUACUUAGUUUCAAUGU